AUGCCGGGCAGCGGCCCCAGCGAGAGGAUGACGUGGCCGGGCCCGGCCACCCCCGCGGCCCCCCCAACCCACCCUCUCUCCUCAGCCCCGGGGACACCGCCCAUCCCGCCCCUCACCCGGACCCACAGCCUCAUGGCCAUGUCCCUGCCAGGCAGUAGACGGGCCUCUGCUGGAUCCCGCAGGCGCACCUCUCCCCCCGUGAGCGUGCGGGAUGCCCACGGCACCUCUUCCCUCAGCAGCAGCAGUAACUCGGGCUCCUGCAAGGGAAGUGACAGCAGCCCCACGCCCAGGCGCGCCAUGAAGUACACGCUGUGCAGUGACAACCAUGGCAUCAAGCCUCCCACCCCGGAGCAGUACCUGACCCCCCUGCAGCAGAAGGAGGUGUGCAUCCGGCAUCUGAAGGCCCGGCUGAAGGACACGCAGGACCGGCUCCAGGACCGGGACACGGAGAUCGAUGACCUGAAGAUGCAGCUGUCGCGCAUGCAGGAGGACUGGAUUGAGGAGGAGUGCCACCGCGUGGAGGCCCAGCUGGCCCUGAAGGAGGCCCGCAAGGAGAUCAAGCAGCUCAAGCAGGUCAUCGACACCGUCAAGAACAACCUGAUUGACAAGGACAAGGGGCUGCAGAAGUACUUUGUGGACAUCAACAUCCAGAACAAGAAGCUGGAGACGCUGCUGCACAGCAUGGAGGUGGCCCAGAACGGCUUCGCCAAGGAGGACGGCGCCGCCGAGUCGGCCGGCGGGUCCCCCGCCCGCUCCCUCACCCGUAGCUCCACCUACACAAAGCUGAGCGACCCGGCUGUCUGCGGCGACCGCCUGCCGGGUGACCACCCAGGCGCCUCUGUGGAGGACGGGGCUGACAGUGGCUUCGUGGCGACCGACGACACUCUGAGCCGGACGGAUGCGCUGGAGGCCAGCAGCCUGCUGUCUUCGGGGGUGGACUGCGGCCCCGAGGAGGGCUCCUCGCUGCAUGGCUCCUUCAGCCUGGGCCCCCGCUUCCCCGCCAGCAACACCUACGAGAAGCUUCUGUGCGGCACGGAGGCCGGCGUGCAGGCCAGCUGCAUGCAGGAGCGCGCCAUCCAGACGGACUUCGUGCAGUACCAGCCGGACCUGGACACCAUCCUGGAGAAAGUGACCAAGGCCCAGGUCUGCGGGACAGUCCCCAAGUCAGGGGACAGGUGCCCGGAGUUGGAUCCCCACCCCCUGGGGCCCAGAGACCCCAACUCUGCAGUGGUGGUGACGGUGGGUGACGAGCUCGAGGCCCCGGAGCCCAUCACGCGGGGUCCCACCCCACACCACCCUGGUGCCAACCCCAACCCCAGCCCGUCGGUGAGCGUGGCAUGCCCCGUGGAAGAGGAGGAGGAGGCGGCCACAGCCGAGGAGCCCAAGAGCUACUGGAGCCGCCACUACAUCGUGGAUCUGCUGGCGGUGGUGGUGCCAGCCGUGCCCACGGUGGCCUGGCUCUGCCGCUCCCAGCGGCGCCAGGGCCAGCCCAUUUACAACAUCAGCUCCCUGCUGCGGGGCUGCUGCACCGUGGCCUUGCACUCCAUCCGCAGGAUCAGCUGUCGCUCGCUGAGCCAGCAGGGCCCAAGCGCCAGCACUGCUGCAGGCGGCAGCUCGCAGCUCUGA